AUGUUUAAUUGUAUUACGUGCGGCAAAGUGUUUACCGUCAAGAGUAGUUUAAACACACAUAGCAAAACACAUGAUGGAAUCGAAUUUUCGUGUGGUAUCUGCUUGAUCAACUUCACACGGAGAGACAACCUCGUGAGACACGUUCGAGAAAAACAUGGUCUGGUUGGAUAUGGGAAUGAUUUUAAUCGGGCUGUGGUGAAAAAAAUCGCUUUAGUAACUCCGCUCAAUACUCUAGUAUCAGACCACACGUUAAAGCAGUCAGCUGCUGGAGAUAGUAAUAUUAUAUCUGUUAUGAGCGUCCCCUCCACCUCUACUGCCGACAACACGUCGUCAUCAUUGUCGCCGCCGCCCGUUCACGGUACAGACAUUUCUAUCUCCAAUACGAAUGCUACCGCUGCUAUCACUACGAGCUAUCCUAUAGCUAACAAGCGCUCUAUCGUAUCGCGUAAACGUUACAAUGAUAAUUCUGUGAGAAAUGUGAAAAAAAAAGAAAAACCGUAUGACCUCAUGUGUAUUCAAUAA